AUGGCGGUGUGCUCGAGCUGCGGCGAGGGCAGCAUCAUCGUCGAUCCGGGCACGUUCACACGGGUGUGCGACACGUGCGGCGUCGUCCUCUACACCGACGACUUCGUCGCCGAGAUCUUCACCGGCGACGGCGAGCGCACCGCCACCCUCGUCCACUCCUUCGGUGACUUCGGCCACCGCGAGCGCCGCCAGUACCACGCCCGGGCUCUUUUCUCCGAUGUAUCCUCCCGCCUUGGCCUCUCCGCCCAUCGCGCCGCCGAUGCCCAACGCCUCGCUGCCGAUGCCUCCGAUGGCCGUCUCCCUCUCAUCCCCGCCGUCGCUGCUGCCUCCUCCUUCAUCGCCGCGCGCCAGCACUGCCUUCCUCUUCCGAUCUCUGAGGUCGCCGAUGCAGUCUCCGUGGAACCCCGGAGGAUUGCCCGAGCUGCCUCCAAACUCUCCCGCCGUCUUGAUCUCCCUUGUCUCCCUCCGAUCGAUCCCUCUCUCUUCCUUUCCCGAGCUCUCCACUCCUUCUCCUCCUUCUCCACCCUUGAUCGCCGGAAAUCCGAGGAGAUCAUUGGACAGGGGAUGUUCCUGAUCCAGUGUGCCACUAAGUGGUUCCUAUCCACCGGCCGCCAGCCCCUUCCACUGGUCGCUGCCGUUGCUUCCUUUGUCGCCGAAAUCAACAGCGUAGAAGCCUCCAUCUCCGAGAUCGCCACGGAGAUCCAUGCCAACGUCUCGACGAGCAAGCUCAGGUACAAAGAGUUCGUCGAUACUCUCGUUCGUGUCGCUAGGGCUUUGCUUCCAUGGGGCGAGGACGUUAAUGCGAAGAACCUAAUCCAUCAUGCUCCAUUGUUGAUUCGUUUAAUGGAGAUAAAAUCAAAGUCCAAUUCCAAAGCACGGUCCCAAGACGAGAUUUUUUCUCUCGAUUUGGAUGAUUUCUUGAGCAAGAACUCGGAGGAGGAUUCCAAGUACUUCAAUGUUGGAACUGGGGAUGAAUCGAAGGACAAUUAUUCUCGCAUGAGCAGCCAAGAGUUGGAAAGAUUGAAGCUUUCUGGAAUAUCACUCGCGCAUGGUUACAAGAAAGCAUUGGAGAAGCUGGGCACUGUUGGAGAGAACGCUGUUGGAUUGGGAAUGGAUUUGGGGAAGAAGAGGAGAUUGGAUGUGAAGGUUUUGCUGGAUUCAUGGAAGAAAAGGGGGAUAUGGGUGCCAAACAAGGAGAUAACUUUGGAGCAGGUGGUGGAGAGAGACGUUGGUUUUGAGGCAUUGCCGCCUUCUUUUGUUGCCGGAUUGGAGUCUCGGAGGAUGAGAAAGAUGAAGAUAGAGGCUGCAAAGCUAAGAAUCAAUGAAACCAUGAAUCCUUGCUUUGAUACAUCUGCUAUUACUACUGAAACAGAGGAGAGCAGCAGGAGGUCUGAUUGGAAGCCAUUGUUGGGCAAGAGGAAAAGAAGGCAAGGGAAUGGUGAAGGUGAUGCUAAGUGCAUUGAUUGGGAGGAUUGUUUGAUUGAACUUCUACUGCUUCAUCAAGUGAAUGAAGAUGAGAUUGAACAGGGACAGUAUAAGAGAUUGCUUGACUUGCAUGUUUUUUGAGUUCAUCAUUGACAGUAGGAUUACAGAGCAAAGGAUUAAUGAAACAGUUAAAAACCUUUGCUUUGAUAGUACUAUUAUUACUAUGGAAGAAAAGAAGAAAAGAGAAGGAGAUCUUAUUGGAAGCCAUUGUUGGGGGAGGAGAGAAACAGGAGAAGAUGAUAAGAGGUGUAUUGAUUGGGAGGAUUGCUUGAUUGAACUUUAGUUACUUCAGCAGGUGAAUGAGGAUGAGAUAUGGACUUGCAUGAGUUUUGAGUCAUUGAGCAGAUGAUGAAACCUUGCUUAGAUAAUACUAUUGUUAUUACUGACAAAAGGAGGAAAAGAGUGGAAUGGUUGGAUCACUUGAUUAAGCUUUCUACUGCUUCAUCAAGUGAAAUCUAGAUGACAUGGAGCAUGGGGCAGUAUAAGAGAUUUUUUUUGAACUUUUGCAUGUUUUGAGCCAUUUGAUGGAAGGAUGGAAGCAAAGAUCAAUAUAACCAUAUACCUUUACUUUGAUACUACUAAUACUAUUGAUAUACACAUGAGAAGAAAACAGAGGCAUCAAAGAUAGACACUAAAGUGCAGUAAUUGGCAGUACUGCUUAAUUGAAAGUGAAUUAGGAUGAGAUUUAGCAAGGCCAAGGCCAGCACAAGAGAUUUUUGCUUAUAUGGAAAGGAAUUUUUAUUGUAUGUCUUUCAUUUUUUUUUUUUCAAUAUAAUAUAAUAUUUAUGCACAA